AUGCAGUUCAGCUCUGUUUUUGCCUGCCUGAUCAUGGCUCCCUUGGCUCUGGCUGUGCCAGCCGACAUGCCUUCCCAUGAAAGCUCCCUUGCUCUCAGAGCUGCCGACAACAUCGAGAUCCCGGAUAAUCUUCCCGAGGAUUGGAAGACUGCCCUCGAAGCCUACUUCAAGGAUACCGAGCUGGAUGUCGAGACCAGGGACCUCGACAAGCGCAGCGAUGUGCCCUUCAUGCACUGCGGCUGGCGCCGUUUCUUCAGCUGCCUUGGAUCCCUUACUCCAGGUGGUGUUACCUGCAUGUGGGCAAUUGCUGCUCGCGGCCUCGAUGUCAAGGAAGACUCAAAGUGCACGGCCGCCGUCGUUGCCAGCAUCUUGUCUGCUUCCAACAACUGCAAGUUGUGUGUCAACGGACACCUUUAG